CACCACCCGACAAUACCACUACUACUACUACUCUUCACUUCGAUUCGAUCUAAUUUCCUCUGCUUCAUUAGCAUUAUCAGAGCUUUCUGCAGCCUUUUUUUCAUAUAUCAACCAAUGUCUCUCCCUGUAACACAAGGGAAAACCCUUCCUGACGCAUGGGACUACAGGGGCUGCCCCGCCGAGCGGUCCAAGUCCGGUGGUUGGACCAGUGCAGCCAUGAUUCUAGGUGUUGAGGCAUGUGAGAGGCUAACAACGUUAGGUAUCGCUGUUAAUAUGGUGACAUAUUUAACCGGCACCAUGCAUUUGGGAAAUGCUUCCUCAGCCACCACCGUCACCAACUUCCUUGGCACAUCUUUCAUGCUUUGUCUUCUCGGUGGUUUUAUCGCCGACACUUUUCUUGGCAGGUAUCUCACAAUUGGAAUCUUCGCCACCGUUCAGGCAACUGGCGUCACCAUUUUGACAAUCUCAACAGUGAUCCCAAGCCUAAGGCCUCCAAAAUGCAGUAGGGACAGUGUCACUACAUGCACCCCAGCAAGCGGCAUACAACUCGUUGUUCUCUACUUAGCCCUUUACCUGACCGCCCUCGGUACAGGCGGUCUCAAAUCGAGUGUUUCAGGGUUUGGAUCAGAUCAGUUCGAUGAUUCGGACCCUGAAGAGAGAUCCCAAAUGACAAACUUCUUCAACUGGUUCUUUUUCUUCAUAAACAUAGGCUCACUUGGUUCAGUGACCAUUCUGGUAUACAUCCAGGAUAAUUUAGGGCGUGAAUGGGGUUACGGUAUUUGUGCUUGUGCUAUUUUGAUGGGGUUGGUGGUGUUUCUAUUGGGUACCAAGCGUUACCGUUUCAAGAAAUUGGUUGGGAGCCCAUUGACCCAAAUCGCUGCAGUGUUUGUAGCUGCCUGGAAAAAAAGGCAUCUGGAAUUGCCAUCUGAUUCGUCGUUGCUGUUCAAUAUUGAUAAUGUAACUGAAGGAUCAAUGAAGAAGAAGAAGAAACAAAAGUUGCCCCACAGCAAGCAGUUUCGAUUCUUAGACAGGGCCGCGAUCAUGAACCAAUCUGGUCUUGAGGCAAACAAGUGGAGUUUAGCUACAUUAACGGAUGUUGAAGAAGUGAAAAUGGUGCUCAGAAUGUUGCCAAUUUGGGCAACCACUGUCAUAUUUUGGACUGUCUAUGCCCAAAUGACAACGUUUUCAGUUUCUCAGGCUACAACUAUGGAUCGUCACAUUGGCAAAUUUCAAAUCCCACCCGCGUCACUCACAGUUUUCUUCGUCGCUGCCAUUCUCUUGACUGUCCCAGUUUAUGACAAGCUCAUUGCUCCAAUUGCAAAAAAGGUGUUAAACAAUCCACAAGGUUUAACCCCUUUGCAAAGGAUCGGGGUUGGUUUAGUUUUAUCCAUAAUAGCCAUGAUCGCGGCAGCGCUGACGGAAAUAAAGCGAUUGAGAACCGCAAGCUCACAUGGUCUUACAACCAACCCGGUGGCUAAAAUCCCAUUAAGCGUCUUUUGGUUGGUCCCUCAGUUUUUGUUAGUGGGGGCCGGGGAGGCCUUCACAUAUAUAGGGCAGCUUGACUUUUUCUUAAGGGAGUGCCCCAAAGGGAUGAAAGCAAUGAGUACAGGUUUAUUUUUGAGUACCCUUUCAUUAGGAUUCUUCGUUAGUUCUUUGUUGGUAACCGUAGUUCACAAGGUCACCGGUAACAAAAAACCAUGGCUACCAAACAAUCUGAACCAAGGGAGGCUCUAUAAUUUCUAUUGGCUUUUGACAAUUUUGAGUUGCUUCAACUUGGGAAUUUACUUGGUUUUUGCUAAAUGGUAUAUGUACAAAGACAAGAGGCUUGCAGAUGAAGGGAUUGAAUUGGAAGAAGCCGACCCUACCUUCCAUUAGAAGAACAUGACAGUUUCUUAAACUGGUUAAGAUUUUUGUGCUUAUAUUAUAACUUUGUAUUAUUUUUAGUCCUUCGCUUGACUUUCAAUAAGUCUGAAACCCUCUUUACUUAUACAAAAAGAAUUGUAAAGGAUCAACAUGGAAACUUCGAAAUGAUAUA